AUGAUGUCCAGGAGCCAGUCGAGUCUGGGCUAUCUGGAUGCUCCCAACGACCCGUCUGCCUCGGGGGCCUCGCCGGGAUAUGCGCAGCCGCCGUCGAACUCGGGGCCUAUCAAUCUGUCGGGUCUCGUGUGCAAUGUGCGCCGCACGACAGGCCGCGAACCCCAUCCGCUGGUGGGCGCGACGACGACCAUUUUGGGUGACAAACUCUACGUGUUCGGUGGCCGGGUGUUGUCGAAGAAUCGUCCGCAGUUGACGUCCGAUCUGUAUGAGCUGGACUUGAUUCGGCGUCAUUGGUCCAGAAUCGAUACCUCGGGGGAUAUUCCCCGCCCGCGAUAUUUCCACAGCGUGUGCGCUCUCGGUGAUAACAAGUUGGUCUGCUACGGUGGCAUGUCUCCCGCGUUAAACGCCCCCAAGGACCCCGUGACCAACGGCGCCGCCGGUCAAGAGGCGCAACCGGAGGUGGUGGUCAUGUCUGAUAUUCAUAUUCUCGACGUACCCUCGCGGACAUGGACUCGGGUGCCUGCGACCGACUCGCCUCAGGGUCGAUACGCCCAUUGCGCGACGAUCUUGCCGUCUAGCGCUCAUUUCACGUCCGCCAGUGCUCCGCUAUCGGCCAUCCAUCAUAAUCCUGCCUCGUCGAAUCCGCACCAGGGCUCGAUCGGCGUGGAUAUCGAUGGCUUCGGAGGUGCCGAGAUGGUGGUCGUGGGCGGCCAGGAUAGUUCCAACCACUACAUCGAGCAGGUAAGCGUGUUCAACCUGCGCAGCCUAAAAUGGACCAACACCAGCUCGCUCGGGAAAAGUUGCGGUGCUUAUCGCAGCGUGGUGGCGCCCCUGGUCGGCAUGAACGUUUCGGAUAUUGGGUCGAACUCGGCCGAUCAAGACACCCAGGAGCCGGCCGAGGAGUCCCAGGUCGAGGGCUCGCCGAUGCUCAUCUACUCCAACUACAAUUUCCUUGACGUCAAGCUCGAGCUCCAAUUGCGGUUGCCUGAUGGCCGCCUAGUCGAAAAGUCGAUGCAGAGCCAAGCAUCACCGCCAGGAUUGCGGUUCCCGAACGGCGGCGUCAUCAACGGACACUUUGUCGUGAGCGGGACCUAUUUGACCUCGUCAAAGCAGGAGUAUGCCCUGUGGGCGCUGGAUUUGAAGACCCUCACUUGGGGCCGAAUCGACGCCGGUGGAUCCGUGUUCGGCCACGGCAGUUGGAACCGCGGGGUGCUGUGGGCGAGAAGAAACACGUUUGUGAUACUAGGACACCGCAAGCGCAGCCUGGUAGAGGAUUACAAUCACCGCCGGCUGAACUUUUCUCAUGUCUGCAUGGUGGAGCUGGAGGCGUACGGCUUGUACAACAAUCCGUGCCGGAGCGCACCCACCUCCGGGUACAUCUCGCACAGUGCCCCGUCGGUCCCAGCCUCGCUUCAACAGAAAUUGACGCAGUUGACGUCUGGAGGCCGGCCGUUCUCCUCUGCAUCGGACGAGCUGGGAAAAUUGGCCCAAACGCUCCCCGAGAUGGCCGAUAUGGAGCUGCAGGCGGUGGGCGGCGAGCUCAUCCCCGUCAACUCGCGCAUACUGACUCGGCGAUGGGGCCCCUACUUCAUCCAGCUGCUGCGCGAAUCCUCCGACGGCGGCGUUUCGGACUCGGCCACGCUGCGGGGGGCAGUCCAGAUGUAUCCCAGUCGCAACUCGAGCAUUACCAUCACGCCGUCCAUUGGAAACAACAGCAACUACUCGAACGCCACCACCCUCGUCAGCAAUCCUUCCGCCGCCCCCUACAAGUCCUUGUUAGCGAAUCUUGAGAUACCCUCUGCGCAUAGUUUACCUCCAACCUCCCGACCUCGCGUGCUCUAUCUUCCCCACACCUAUCUCACCUUGCAGGUGCUGGUUUUCUACCUCUACACCUCCUCCCUUCCCGCCGUCGGUUCCUCCCUCUGCACCCCUCAGAUCCUUUGCUCCCUCCUCCAACUCGCUCGCCCCUACCAGGUUGACGGUCUCCUGGAAGCCACCGUCGAGCGACUUCAUCAGAUGCUCGACGGUCGCAACGCCGCCGCCGUCUUCAACGCUGCUGCAAUGGCGGCCGGCGGUGGUCGCGGCACCGGCUUCACCGGCGGACCCGGGGGCACGCUCGAAGCGCUGAACGGCGCGCACGCCGCCAGCGAAUCGUCCACGGGGACGAACACCAACGCCUCGCAGCACAGCCGUCUCACCUCCGACUCGUCCGACACCGAACACGGCACCACCUCCGCCAUGUCGGUCGCCAGCAGUGCCGCGGGCGCCGUCGGCACCCAGUCCCGGGGCAUUCCCCUACGCAUCAACACCAACAUCUUCAGCCAGCGGGAACGCGAACGAGAACGCGAACGCGACCGCGAGGACUCCAUCAGCAACGCCAGCACCUCCACCUCCGCAUCCACCAACACCAGCUUCGAUCACUCCGACACCGAGCUCCCCGGCCACCGUCGUCGCGACACCGAUGCCGAGAUCAACCCCCAACGCGAGAUCUGGACCGGCGAUCUCAGCAGCGUCAUCGGUCUGCAGAAGCGCGGUCUUCGCGGUCUCAUGGAAGGUCGUCGGUUGCGGGAACGGAAUACCAAACCGUCGAGUACGGGCGGUGCGGUCUCUGUCGCGGUGGAUCCGAAUGGGAUGAGCAGCACUACCAGCUUAUCAUGA